GGACCCCAAUCCUUCUCCUUUCCCCCCCCAACCCCAAUCCAGGCACUGCAAUAUGGUGCUGGAGAACGUGAAGGAGAUGUGGACCGAGGUACCCAAGAGUGGGAAGGGGAAGAAGAAGUCGAAGCCGGUCAACAAGGACCGGUACAUCUCCAAGAUGUUCCUGCGCGGGGACUCGGUCAUCGUGGUCCUGCGCAACCCCCUCAUAGCUGGGAAAUAGGGGUCAGACCC